AUGAAUCGCCUCUUCGGCUCGUCCUCCUCGAAGCCGAAACCCUCUCUCGCCGAUGCGAUUGCUUCAACCGACCUCCGCGUUGACUCGAUCGAGGUCAAGAUCCGCAAGCUCGAUGCAGAGCUCACCAAGUACCGCGACCAGAUGAAGAAGAUGCGGGACGGGCCAGGGAAGAACGCCGUCCAGCAGCGCGCCCUUCGCGUUCUCAAGCAGAAAAAACUGUACGAGUCGCAGAUCGCGCAGCUCCAGCAGCAGAGCUUCAACAUGGAGCAGGCGAGCAUGACGACCGAGAACCUGCGCAAUACAAUGGCGACGGUCGACGCGAUGAAGACCGCCAACAAGGAGAUGAAGAAGCAGUACGGGAAGAUCGACAUUGACAAGAUUGAAGCAAUGCACGACGACAUGGCGGACCUGCUCGACUCCGCGAACGACGUGCAGGAAGCGAUGUCGCGGACGUAUGGCGUACCGGAAGAGGUGGACGAGGCGGAUCUCGAGGCGGAACUUGAGGCGCUCGGGAACGAGUUCGAGGAGGAGGAGGGGAUCCCGUCUUACCUCCAGGCGGAUGCGACGAGCGAGCUGCCGGACUUUGUGGACGAGGUGCCACAGAAGGAGGAGGCUCCGAAGGAACGGCUCGGCGAAGGUGUGGUCUAG